AUGCCGCUGCAAGCGUACGGCAUGGAUUUUCAGGUGCGCCUUCCAGCGUUGCCUCCUGCCCGCAGAGAGUGGCAGCUGGAAUCUGGAGAAGGCUUCGAAAUCGAUGUUUCGGGAUGUGCGGCAUUGGGCCCUGGACAGGCAUGUCUCACUGGCUGCCGAUCUCCAUUUGUGGGAGUCAAUAUCAUCGGCUGGCCGGCCCGUUACUUGUUUCGAGAGAUGCGGCCAUGGACAGAGUGGGCGAUCAUCACAGCCAGCAUGGGAUGGAGAUGA